AUGCCUCGCGAAAUCUCCGAUAUCAAGCAGUUCAUCGAGAUCUGCCGCCGCAAGGACGCCUCGUCCGCCCGGAUCAAGCGCAACCGCAAGUCCCAGCAGAUCAAGUUCAAGGUCCGCUGCGAGCGCUUCGUCUACACCCUGGCCCUGACCGACUCCGCCAAGGCCGACAAGCUCAAGCAGAGCCUUCCUCCUUCCCUGAAGGUUGUCGACGUCUCCAAGGGCACCAAGAAGUCCCUGUAA